GGCGCUAAUGUACCAUGAAGCUGCUUUGCCAAGAAGAAGACGAGGAAGACGAGGAAGCAAAAUGGCUGCGAACAUGAGCAACGUGGAAGACAUUAGGAGCCGAGUAUUAUUAGGGGAAUUUGGUGUGAAAAAUGUUCAUACAACUGAUUUCCCUGGGAACUACCCAGGCUAUGACGACACCUGGGACAUGCAGAGGUUUCAGAAGAAUUUCACAAUGGAUAUUGUGGAUCUGGAUGAGAACUGCAUGGAGUUUGACAUGGUAGGGAUCGAUGCUGCCAUCGCCAAUGCCUUCCGGAGGAUAUUACUUGCAGAGGUGCCCACUAUGGCUGUUGAGAAGGUAUUCAUCUACAAUAACACGUCCAUCAUCCAGGAUGAAGUCCUUGCCCACAGAUUAGGCCUCAUCCCCAUUAAAGCUGACCCUCGCCUGUUUGAGUAUAGAAAUGCUGGUGAAGAGUCUGGAGAGGACGCCGGUUCAGAAAUAGACACUAUUCAACUUCAGCUUAAAGUCAAAUGCAGCAGAAACCCCAGAGCCAGCAAAGACUCCUCAGACCCACAGGAACUGUAUCUAAACCACAUGGUUUAUUCGGGGGACAUGAAGUGGAUGCCCAUUGGGAACCAGGCAGAUGUGUUUGCAGAUGCCAACAUUGGACCAGUACAUGAUGACAUCCUAAUAGCCCAGCUGCGGCCUGGACAGGAGCUGGACAUAAUCAUGCACUGUGUGAAAGGCAUUGGUAAGGACCAUGCAAAGUUCUCUCCUGUGGCCACAGCCAGUUACAGACUCCUCCCAGAGAUCACCCUGCUGGAGCCCAUUGAGGGCGAAAAGGCAGAGCGAUUAAAACGCUGCUUUUCACGAGGAGUCAUACACCUGGAAGAGCUAAAUGGGAAAAAGGUUGCCAUGGUCGUGAACAGCCGCCUGGAUACAUGCAGUAGAGAAGUCCUCCGACACGACGACCUCAAGAAUCUUGUGAAGCUCGGAAGAGUGCGAGACCAUUUCAUCUUUACUGUUGAGUCUACUGGUGUCCUGCCACCUGAAGUCCUUGUCACAGAGGCCAUCAAAGUUCUCAUGACCAAGUGUCAGAGAUUCCUGAAUGAACUGGACAAUACAGACAUGGAAUGAUGCACCAGAUCAGCACAGUCAUACCCACCAUUCUGAAGCUGGCGCUGAAAUAAAACUCAGAUGUUCGGCGUUGGAUGUUUGAUAUAGUAACCUCAUUGUAAAUGCUCUGUUGAUAAAACCUGUUGGAAUUUCUCAAAACCA